UACCAAAUAUAAAUCUAGGCCCAUAUUCGAGUGUGGAACUCCGUCUCCCUUCACACUCAAGCCGUGAUUGGUAUGAACGACUUCGAGCUGGCCAUUUGCUGCCUGUCGUUUUCCCGAGCCGAUGGAGGCUCCCUGUUGGUGGCCGUGGACGAUGCCCCCGACCACAGCAUCUCAGUCUGGGACUGGCAAAAGGGCGAAAACGGCUACAAAAUCACCGAAACCAAGUGUUCGGUCGAUACAAUCGUGGCCGCCGAGUUCCACCCUCUGGAACGGAACACCAUCGUCACUUGCGGCAAAUCGCACAUCGCCUUUUGGUCGCUGGAUGCCGGAGGGAUGUUGUACAAGCGAAUGGGGAUCUUCGAGACGCGAGACAAGCCCAAAUAUGUUACUUGUGUGGCCUUUUUGCAAACUGGGGAAACCAUCACUGGCGAUUCGAAUGGUUCUUUGGCGAUUUGGGGCCGCGGCACCAACACUCUGUGGAAACUGAUGAAGAACGUGCAUGAUGGGGGCAUUUUCUCGAUUUGCGUGCUCAAGGAUGGUAGUGUCAUCACCGGAGGCGGCAAAGACAGCAAAAUUAUUCAGUUCGACCACAAUCUGAGCCGAACUGGGGUGGUUAGCCAGAUUGCCCACCACUAUGGAGGAGUGCGAGUGAUUUCCGAAGGAAGGGGCUCUCAACUUCUACUGGGCACGACCAGGAAUUGCAUCCUAAAUGGCAACCCCGAAAUGGGCUUUCAGCCCAUUGUUUUAGGUCACAGCGAUGAUCUUUGGGGGCUAGCGCCCCAUCCCAGCAUCCCGCAAUUUGCUACUGUGGGCUUUGAUCGAGUGCUCCAGCUAUGGGAGUCCAUGUCUCAUAGCAUUUUAUGGAGCAAAGACAUUGGGGAACAAGCUCAGAGCGUGGCCUUUUCCCAGGACGGUGCCGUCAUCCUAGUGGGUUGCGUGAAUGGAAAGUGGAUGAUUUUCGACUCCCAAACGCGCGAGCUGUUAGGCCACCAUACGGACGGUAACGAGCCUAUUCAGGUGAUCAGUUUUUCUCCGGAUGGAAGCAUGGUGGCGUUGGGUUCCAGAGACAAUCACAUCUACGUCUACCAGGUGUCUGAUGAUGGCAUGAAGUAUAGCCGAGUGGGGAAAUGUUCUGGACAUUCCAGCUUUAUCACUCAUGUGGACUGGGCGGAAGACAACCAAACUUUGAGGAGCAACUCUGGGGACUAUGAGCUCUUGUUCUGGAACGCAGGAACUUGCAGGCAAAUUCCCCAGGCCAGCUUGAUGCGGGAUGUGGAAUGGUCGAGCAACACUUGCACGUUGACGUUCACCACUGUGGGAAUUUGGCCGGAAAACGCCGAUGGUUCGGAUGUGAAUUUCUGCGAUCGCAGUCACGACAGGAAACUGCUGGUCUCGGCAGACGAUUUCGGCAAAGUCAAACUCUUCAGCUACCCGGUCUGCCAGCCAAAGUCUCUUUGUCACACCUACUCAGGACACAGCAGCCACGUGACUGCAGUGAGUUUCCUGCAGGACGAUUCCCGAGUGGUUUCUACGGGGGGACGAGAUACCGCCGUCCUGCAAUGGACAGUUUCCUAAAAAUGUCCCGACCUUUUCCAGCUGAGUCUGUCCGCACGAGGCCUUAUUUCUGUAUUGGAAUUUACACUAGAUCUAUAUGUAUAAAUCUAAGAUUAAAUUAUUCUGCGACUGUUCCACCUGCUACUCUAAGGAUCUUUUAAUUAACCGAAAUUGUGCCACUGUUAUAUUUUAUGACAUUAUAUUAUAUUUUUAUUAAAAGCGAAAACUCUUGUAGUCACUUAGUUUUGUUUCAACUUAUCUACUUUUUAAUCAUACUUGUGUAUUAUUUAGUUCCAGAACUCUGUUUAUGUGAUAAUACAAAUUAUGUCCUACUU